CCGGCCAUCGCCGAGGGGCCGAGCCCGGACGGCGCCGCCGAAGCCAACCUCGUAGACCUCCAGAAGAAACUGGAGGAAUUGGAAUUAGAUGAGCAGCAAAAGAAACGGCUCGAGGCUUUCCUCACCCAGAAAGCCAAGGUUGGGGAGCUGAAGGAUGACGACUUUGAGAGGAUCUCGGAGCUGGGAGCUGGCAAUGGCGGGGUGGUCACCAAAGUACAGCACAAGCCCUCAGGACUCAUCAUGGCGCGGAAGCUGAUUCAUUUAGAAAUCAAACCUGCCAUUCGUAAUCAGAUUAUCCGCGAGCUGCAGGUCCUUCAUGAGUGUAACUCACCAUACAUUGUGGGUUUCUAUGGAGCCUUCUACAGUGAUGGGGAGAUCAGUAUCUGCAUGGAGCACAUGGAUGGUGGCUCCUUGGAUCAGGUCUUGAAAGAAGCCAAAAGAAUACCUGAGGAGAUCUUAGGAAAAGUCAGCAUAGCAGUUCUGCGAGGUUUAGCUUAUCUCCGAGAGAAGCAUCAGAUCAUGCAUCGAGAUGUGAAACCUUCUAACAUCCUGGUCAAUUCUCGGGGAGAAAUCAAGUUGUGUGACUUUGGGGUUAGUGGCCAGCUCAUCGACUCCAUGGCAAAUUCUUUUGUGGGAACACGAUCCUAUAUGUCUCCAGAGCGGUUGCAAGGCACUCAUUACUCGGUUCAGUCGGACAUCUGGAGCAUGGGUCUGUCCCUUGUGGAGCUGUCUAUAGGAAGGUACCCCAUCCCCCCACCGGACUCUAAGGAACUGGAAGCAAUAUUUGGGCGUCCCAUGGUAGAUGGGGCAGAGGGAGAAACCCACAGCAUCUCGCCACGGCCCAGACCCCCAGGACGCCCAGUCAGUGGCCACGGGAUGGACAGCCGGCCUGCCAUGGCUAUCUUUGAACUGCUGGACUAUAUUGUUAAUGAGCCACCUCCCAAGCUGCCGCAUGGAGUUUUCACACAAGACUUCCAGGAGUUUGUAAAUAAAUGCUUAAUUAAAAAUCCAGCUGAAAGGGCCGAUCUGAAGAUGCUGAUGAACCACACCUUCAUCAAGCGCUCAGAGGUAGAAGAGGUGGAUUUUGCUGGCUGGCUGUGCAAGACGCUGCGGCUAAACCAGCCCAGCACACCCACCCGCACGGCCAUGUGAUGGCCAAGCGAGCUGCCUUGUGUCCAUACGUCUGCCUGUCUGACACCAUCUCUUGCCCUUCCAUAGAAGACGGAACCGCCUUCUCCCUCUGCCGCCCCUGUCUCGCCUUGCUCCCAGGCGGCAAAACAUCCAUCCUGCUAACCUGUCACAGACCUCAGCUUGCUUGCCCUCGGCUGUGUUCUUUCUGUACCCGUGCUCGAGCGUGCUGCGGUCUCUGGAGUUUCUGACACUUGGGAAAUAUGCUGCUGCUUCCGUUGUCUUUUCUGAAGCCUGUUCACUUGGGUUAAAGGUGGGGUGGAGGGGUGGCAGGGUCAGGGGGGAGCUCAGUGAUCUCAUACUUCAUCUGCUGCUUGGUUUCGGGGCAGGCUGGAAAGUGACUGGUGUAGAAACCAAAGAACUGGAAAUGGAGGCAGCUGCUGAUGUGGAAUGGCUGGACUUGAGGGCCUGUGGGGUUACCAAGUGCUACAGCGGUCUCAUGUGCAUUGGCAGAGCAAAGCAAGCAAAGGAGGUGAAGGUGUUGUGCUUGGUAGAUGCUUAGGGUUUGUGUUGGUGACGUUGGCAGGUGUGCUGCAAAAGCAAGGAAUAGGUUUGGGUCGUAUUUUUAGCUUUGUUGGGGAAGAGUCAGUGAAUUCUCCCCCACCCUCCUGGCUUUCAGUCUGAUAUGUGGUUUGAUCCUCGCCGGAGGGUGGAACAAGGACUGGAGGGGGAAUAUCAACAUCUCUUUUUCUUCAUAUAGUUUUAAGAUUAUUUGGUUUUCUGUGUGUCGGACGGUUAUUUUCUAGCAACCCAAGUUGCUCCUUCCUUUCUUCUGCCUCUAAGUGUGGGGGGCAGGGGGUGGAGAUCCUACUUUUAAAAAUACAGCAGUUCAAAGCAUAUUGGAAAUUAUACACUGGAAGUCCAGGUGCCAUCUUAGGCUACUGGCUUGCCAAGCCAUGCUGUUUGCUUGCUGAGGAAGGGAGGCGUCUCUGAGCCCAUUGUUGUUGCCCUGGGGCAAGGCUGGUGUCCCAUGCAUCGAGGUGAUGCUCACAUGACUUGUGCCCACCAGAUUAAUGUUGGGGAAAGCAGCUCCUUCCACAGGCUGUGUUGCCUACCUGCUCUUGGACACUGUGAAAUGAAGCACCCUUCUGUCAGUGCCUCAGGGGGAAGCCUGCAUUUCUCUUCAGCCAGCCUGCGUUCUUCUGCAGCUGAGGUGCUGUGACUAGAGUGGAUCACUCACUGCUGGCCCCAGGAAGACAAGCCCUGAUCAUUCUUCACCUCAACUUGCUGCACCAACAGUGAAUCAUGCAGCAUCCCAGGAGCAUGAUGCCAACUCUUAGUACCCUUCAGAGGCAGCUGAUGUGUUUGUGGCAUACAUGCCCUGCUCCACUGGCCAGAGAAGACCAUCUCUGGGGGGGACUAAGGCAGGGUAAAGGGGUUGUAGAAACUGCCUUUGAGGAGGGAGUGAGUGAGACACCCCAAAUCCCAAAGAAAUGGAGCCGUUUUCUAUUGUCACCCAGUUUGUGAACCAUCUGAAGACUCUCCCAAGCUGCCUGCUUAUUGUAUAGGUGUCAUGUUGAUCUGGUUCUCUUCCAGCACUGAUUUCUCUCCCCACCCCCACAGCCUCUUGGCCUUGCCAUGAGGCCUUGCACCUGUGACCCUCCCACAUCAUGUGGCCAGAAUCUGGAUUGUUCCUGUCUCACCCACUUGGUCUCAUGGUAUUUGAGUAGCUAGUUCUGAACAGUGCAGCUGUGCAUUCAGCAGACAAACUUUCAAGGUGCAGGUAGAUGCGGCUCAGACCUCCCUGAUGGGAUGCAGUGCAGUGCUGUGAGGAGGAAGAAGGCUUCCAGAUGGAUCAAGCCCAAAACAGGCUUCUGGGGACAGUGUCCCAAGGACAAGGGAGGUGCCUAAUUUUCUUUGGUUUGAAUGGGAGUAGGGUGUCCCCUUCCCACCUUGAUGUUGUCUCCCCUCCGUGCACUCCUUCCCCUCUGGUAGGGGAGAGACCUUCAGUUCCUCCAAGCAUCUUGCGUACUCAGCAGAUCCUCUGAGAGGUGAAGAUGCCAUCUCAGGGUGUCACGCUGAGAACAACCUGCACCUUUGCAGAAUCUGGCAUGUGCACCCUCGAUCAUAUUAACAGCUUCAGGUCACCUUGGUGCAGGGAACACAGGGAUGUGGCUCACUGAAGUGACUCCACAAGACCUCGUUAAAUCUUACGAGUGCAGAGGUUCUGCUGCUCAGGGUGUAACAUUUGCCCCCUUCCUGCCAGUAAAGACCACAUCCUGCAGCGAAGCAGGGUUCCAGUUGGGCCAAUGACUCCAUGUGUACAUUGGCUACUGGCCUAGGAAGAUCCAGAGUCUGAUGGUCCUUCCUCACUGCCAAAAUGGCAGCAGCAUCUUGCCCCAAGUUUGGUAGCAUCGCCUUCUGCCUUUGGGAAGAUCUUACGCCCUCCGCAUCUGCGGAAAGGGUGAACUGCUGUGUUUGCAAGUGCUUCCAGGGCCUCUACAGGUGGCUGAGCAAGCAACUUGAUGGAGAAGGCAUUGGCUUUUGCUGCUCAAGCAGCUGCAAAGGCAAAGCCCAAAUGUGCUGCACUAGGCCUUGCUUGUCUCUUGCAGCUCACAGCACUAUGUCCUUGUUUUCCUCUCAGCAUCUCUCCAUUCUGUCUCGGGUAGUUCCUGUUCCUGUUUUUCUCCAGGGAAAGGCUAGCAGGCUCCACUGGCCAUACCCCAGCAGGGCCAACUCCCCUUGUUGAAUCUUGCUCCUCUCAAGCUACAUCUGUAGCGUAAUGAAGGAAAGGUAUGUCUCAGUUCGGCAGGAGCGAGAAAAGGCUUGGGUCUGAUGACAUGGGUGGAACGGUGUUGGUAGGGAUCUCAGGGGCAUUGGAUGGAGCCCAUUCGGCUGUGGGGUUCACUGGUUGUUAUGUCUCCCCUCUCUUGUCCUGCUGAACAAGCCACAGGCAUGACUCAUGCCCUUCUGCAUGUGCUCUGGGGCUGCUUGUGCUUGUCCAUUGAGCUGGAGUCUGGGAACCUUGUCUCGUCAGGCCGAUGCCUUGGCUUAUGGCAGUCGGAGGCUCGGCCUUAGCCCUUGCCUCCUUGCGUGGCUGUUAGAGGAAUAACUUCAGCCAGCCCAUGAUGGCUGCGCAGGUCUGUCGUGAACUCUGCUGGUGGAUUCGGGAUGAGGGAAGCCAGUUUUGCGAGGAUUGAAGAGCUGUUUCUGCGAGCUCUGCUUCUGGAGUGGGCUCAUCUUGGGGGCAGGCAGCAGGUGUAUCAGCACUCCCCUUCCCCCUCUUCCAAUCCUCCUUCUCCCCCAUUCUUUUUCCUUCGAGCUCUGGGAGGCACCGACCGCAUCUACCUGAAAGGGAAGGUGCGUCGGGCAAAGCCAAGCCUAGGCUGUGUCUGUCCAGUGCAGAGCCCAUCCUCUUGAUGAAGGGCGAAUCAAGCGUCUCAACUUGUAGAUUGACGCAAUCUAAUAAUGUAACAAGGGGGAGGUUCCACCCCCUCCCCCAUAGACGCAUUUCAUGCUGCUGAUUGUGGUUCAGAUAUGCUGGGUGUUUAAAAAGAAAAAAAAAAAAAGGAAGAAAAAUAUCAAAAAAAAAUUCUAUAUAUAGUGGAUUGUGCUUAUUUUUUCAAAUAGUACCAGUGGCUCAAGCACUGAUGUCAUUUUUACAUUUUGAAGGCCUUUAUUUUUAACCCUGGAGUUAUCAGCUUUGAUCCGAUAAGAUGCUCUCCAGUAUGGGCUCUCUGGGUAGCCAGUCCCCUGGUGCAGGGAAGCAGGUUCUUACCUGGGGGGAGCUGGGGGGUCAAGCUCUAGCAUCUGAGAGCCCUUUCCAAUUUCCCUGGUAGACACUGGGAAGACAGGCAAGGGCUUCUUCGAGGCUUCUCCUCCAAGCUCGCCCAAGAUUUCACCCCAGCAUGCAGAAAAAUUGCAUGUAGGGCUAUGUCUACCUGCCACACGAUCUCGUAAUCAUAAAGCAGGAUGAAAACCAUUUAGCCACCAGAGCAGUAGCUUGUCCAUGGCCACAGGCUGGCAUUUGUGAGAUCGAAUCUGAAGGUCGCUCUGCCACAUUGCGGAAGGUAGCACACUUACCCUCUUUUUUCCACUGCCCCUUUUGCCUUUCCUGGAGAAUUCUUCUAGUCCAUCAAAUCUGGUAAUUCUUGAGGAUUGAAUGUAUUAUACAAAGUGUUUGGGUUCAUUAAAAAGAAGUUUAAAUGGUGAGAUCCUGUGCUCUAGAUGACUCUACUGGGUUUGUUUUGUUUUGUUUUUUCUGGUCCUGUAUGAACCAUGAGGCUCUGGGACGGGGGGGGUUGUAUGUUUUUGGCCUCUUUAUUUAAAUGAUUGGUAGGGAGUUCUGCAGUUGAAAAGCUUUAGGAUAUUUUGUUUUUGUUCUUGCUUUCGCGCUUGAUUUUUUUUUUUUUUUUUUUUUGGAGGUGAAAGAGGAAGUGUCUUGAGCAUUUUGUUGGUGCAAUUUUUUUUAACUUGAUAUUUUCAUCAUGGAAAAAAUAAAUAAAUGGCACUUUACUUUA